GUGGACACGCUGGUGGUGGGAGGGGGUAUCUCCGGAUCCUCCCUGGCGUACAACCUGCACCGCGCCGGGGGCCGCGUCUUGCUGACCGAGGCGCGGGACUACUUGGGCGGCAACGUCAGGAGUCACUGCGAGGACGGCUUCGUCUGGGAGGAGGGCCCCAACUCGUUCGCGACCCAGCCGAGCAUCGUGCGCAUCGCCCACGAGCUCGGCAUCGACGACCAGCUCGUCUUCGCCAACGAGGCGCUGCCCCCGUGGGUCAACCACGGCGGCAAGCUGCACCCGCUGCCCAAGGGGAAGGGCGGCAAGGGCGUGGCGGGGCAGCUGGAGCUCGUGUUCGGGCCGAACGGGGUGCUCAAGUUCGGCCUCACCAGCGAGCUGCUCUCGUGGCCCGGCAAGAUCCGCGCCGGCAUCGGCGCGCUGCUGGGCCACGAGGGGCCGCCAGACGGCAAGGAGGAGACCAUCCGGGAGUGGGUCACGCGCAUCCUCGGCGAGGAGGUCUUCCUGCGUUGCAUCGACCCGUUCGUCUCGGGCGUCUACGCCGGGGACCCCGAGACCCUGUCGAUGAAGGCCGCCCUCCCGAAGAUAUCGCGCAUCGAGGAGUACUCCUACUCCCUCGGCUGGAACGUCGGCGGGGCGAUCCUGUACGGCGGCCUGAAGAGACAGGCGGAGCUCGUCAAGGAGCGGAAG